AUGGUUUCAUCUUCUUCGCAAGGUCUAGUGAUUAAUCCAAGCCCAAAGAAUCCAUCAUUAUUGCAUUUUCAAAGUAUACAUGUGUCUGAACACAUUUGGGAUGGUCGAGAGCAUCUAGUGAUGAAGGUUAAGAAGUGUCAGUUUAUACCAGCUGGCCUAGACGGUGUUUCCGCAGAGAUUUUACCACAUUUAGAGAUGGAUGACUUUGCUGGAGUGGCGCAACUUGCCAACUUUCCAUUGGAUAGACAUUUGAUCACCCCAUUGGUUGAGAGAUGGAGGCCUGAGACACACACGUUUCAUAUGCCACUAGGAGAGUGCAUCAUAACGCUUCAAGAUAUAGCCAUACAGAUAGGUCUUCGGGUUGAUGGACUUUCAGUAUUUGCAGCGACUAGCGGUAAUUGGCCGCAGAUAGUUGAGGACAGUUUAGGUAUUAGGCCACCACCAGAGGUUUUUGUGGGGAGCAGCUUGAAGCUUUGUUGGUUAGACCAACAUUUUACUGACGUUGCUAUGCAUAAUUAG